GAUGGCGCAACUGACAGCUCGUACAGUUCUGUCAUCGCUUUCAAAGCGCACAUUGAUGCCUGCUGUUGUCUCACGUCGUUCGCUGGCUACUGAGGCUUCACCUGAAGAUUAUGGUUACUACCCAGACCCUCUAGAGCACGCCACGGGUCGUGAGAAGAAAAUGCUCCUAGCGCGUCUUGCAGGAGACGAUCGCUACGAGCCGAAAGUAUAUUAUCGUGCUGAAACGUCCACGAAAGAAAGGCCUAAUCUUGUCCCAUCACACUUUCCCGACAGGAUUGUAGGAUGCAUGUGCGAACCUGAUUCUGGA